AUGCAGUCCGCGUUAGUGCGGGCAUCCCUACGGGGUCCCCUUCAGCAGCUUCAGACAUCCCGGCGACUAUCGACGUCUGCUGCUAGCUUACUGGCCUCGAACUUCGGUGGUGGCAGUGGCGGAGCUCUGCCAUCGUACUUUCAAAAGCCUCGUCUUCCAGCAAAUACGGUGGUGCGUUUCGUGCCUCAGCAGACAGCUUGGAUCGUUGAGCGCAUGGGCAAGUUCAACCGCAUCCUCGACCCUGGCCUAGCCGUGCUCGUGCCCUUUAUCGACCGUAUUGCCUAUGUCAAGAACCUAAAAGAAGUCGCCAUCGAAAUCCCCAGCCAGAGCGCCAUUACUGCCGACAACGUGACGCUCGAAUUGGACGGCGUUUUGUUCACGCGAGUAUUUGACGCCUACAAGGCUAGCUACGGUGUUGAAGAUGCCGAGUACGCCAUCUCCCAGCUCGCCCAGACCACGAUGCGAUCCGAAAUUGGCCAGCUUACGCUUGACCACGUCCUCAAGGAGCGCGCCGCCCUCAACACCAACAUCACCGCUGCUAUUAACGACGCCGCCGAGGCCUGGGGUGUGACCUGCCUUCGCUACGAGAUUCGCGACAUCCAUGCCCCCGAUGCCGUUGUUCAAGCCAUGCACCGCCAAGUCACGGCUGAGCGCUCAAAGCGCGCCGAGAUCCUCGACUCUGAGGGUCAGCGCCAGAGCGCCAUCAACAUUGCCGAAGGUCGCAAGCAGAGUGUUAUUCUGGCCUCGGAAGCCCUGCGAGCCGAGCGCAUCAACGAGGCCGACGGUGACGCCGAAGCGAUCCUGCUCAAGGCGCGCGCCACGGCCGAGGGGAUCGAUGCAGUGUCCCGCAGCAUCACGAACGGCGCCGAGGGUGCCAAGGGUGCUAUUAGCUUGACGGUGGCCGAGAAGUACGUCGACGCUUUCGCCAAGUUGGCCAAGGAGAGCACCGCGGUCGUCGUUCCCGGCAACGUGGGUGAUAUCUCUGGUAUGAUUGCCACAGGUCUCAGCGUCUACGGCAAGGUCGGUGAGGCACAGGCCAAAACCAUGGCCAAGCAGAUUAUGCAUCCUAGCGAGUCGAGCAGUUCAAGCAGUCCGAGCAGCAUUGCGGCCGAAGGUGUCACCGAGGAGAAUGCCACAGAAAAUCGCAAGGACUCUAUAAAGGAAACCGUUUUGGAGGAAUUCAACCGAGCGGCCGCCAAAAAAUAA